AUGUUAUACAAAAUGAAUGUAUCAUCCGAUAUAAAAUAUCAAUUUUCGAAAACAAAAAUAUGCAAACAUUUUCUUGAACAGAAGUGUCUUAAUACACAUAAUUGUAAUUAUGCUCAUGUGCUAGGAGAAUUGAGACCUCUUCCUAAUUUAAUGAACACAAAACUAUGCAAAAGCUACAAGAAAAAUAUCCCUUGUACAAACCCUAAUUGUACAUAUGCCCACAAAGUUGAGAACCUACAACCUACGACAGAUAUGUCUACUUAUAAAACAAGUUUAUGUUAUUUUUGGAAGAGAAAAAAAUGUAUGAAUGAGGAAAAGUGUAGAUUCGCCCAUGGAAUUGAAGAAAUAAGACCUUUGAAAGUUCGAACACAAAAGGAUAUACACAUAAAGCAAAAAGAUGAUAAUAAUAACAAUAAUAAUAAUAAUAAUAACAAUAAUAAUAAUAAUAAUAAUUAUAAUAACAAUAAUAAUAAUAAUAAUAGUAGUAGUAGUAGUAGUAAUGUGGAUGGAUUUAAUAAUAAUAAUAAUAACAUUUUUAAUCAAGAAGAUCUAAAUAAUCUUUUCUCACAUUUAUUUCUUAUUGAAAAUUGGUCAUCUCGAAUAAAUAUUAACGACAAAAAUGAAGAAGCACAAAGACAUACAAAUGAUCAAAUUGUAAAAGCCACAUCAACAUCUUGUAAUAUGUUAUUACAAAAUAGUAAGAGCUAUUGUAAUGCAUAUAUAAAUAAUAAAUUGUGUGAUGAAAAUCUUAAUGCAAACUACAAUAAACAAUCAGAUGAUUAUAUAAAAUAUAAUUCAUUAAAAAUAAAUCAUAAUAAUAACAUAGACACAAAUUUAAGAAAUACUCUAAAACAAAAUGAAUAUUGUAAUUUAUUUUCUUCAAACGAAACUUUUUGUGAUAUAUAUGAAGAUAAGUAUAAUGAUACAUAUGUUUCAAAUCAUCAAGACUUCUAUAAAGAUGAGCACCUAAAUAUAUACAACCAUAUUUCUGAUCCCAUAUCUAGUUACAUAUCUUCUGAAGAAACAAUGAACGAUGAAGAGUGUUUUAACGAAUUAUAUAAAUGUAUAAAGGAAGAAAUCACAAAAAAAUAUGAAAAUAUAUAUAUCUAUUAA